GGUUCUCAUGCACACUGCAGGAACAGACCUUCCUGUACUGGGGUGGUAACUGGACGUAGAAGUAUUGAGGGGACUGGAGUAAACAAGAUGUACAGGGUCUAAAGAGACUUGAACUAGCUGGGAGCCACAAGUCAUCAUGGUUAUCUUGCUGGUCCCCACACUGAAGAUUGUCCUCCUCUUAGCUGCUGUGUGGACUGUGUGUUCAGCAGAGCUGAUCACAGUGGAAGGAUAUAAGGGAGGCAAGGCAGAGAUCAGAUGCCCCUAUAGAGAGGAGUGGAGGAGCCACCAGAAGUACCUCUGUAAAGGGGAAUGUCGUGUUUUUAAUAAAGACAAAGUUAUUAAGACUGAGGCGGGGGAAAACAGCACUUCUAGAGGGAGAUACUCACUGAAGGACAUCAGAGAGGAAAGUGUCUUCAUUGUGACAAUCACCAAUCUGACAUUAAAGGAUGCUGGGAGAUACUGGUGUGGAGUGGACACAUGGGGACAAGAUAACUACAUUAAAGUCAACCUUGAAGUCUCUGAAGAUUGGUGUUGUGAAAACCCCACUGAAGUGACAGGCUCUGAAGAAGUGACAGGCUAUGAAGAACUGUCAGUCUCCAUCCAUUUUUCACCAACUCUAUCAUCACCACCUAUUGCCACCUCCAUCUCAACCUCAUCCACUUCAUCACCAUCAUCCGUGUCAUCACCAUCAUCCAUCUUAGCAUCAACACACAACAGAUCUGUGGUCAUCAUAGUAUCUGGGAUUCUGGUCAUGCUGCUAUUGGUGCUUGUGGUCAGCCUGCUCAUAGUCUAUAGAUGGAAACUCAACAUGGAAACAGCUGACUCCUCAGCACCCAGGGUGAACACAGACACUAGGAUCAACAGAGAGGGUUGUCAUGGUGAUGGUGAGUAUGAGGAGAUAAAGGACCGCCCUCUACAGUCCAGUUCAGGUGGUGAGACCACCACCGUCUACGCCACCGCCAACUUACCCACAAGCCCCUCUGACUCUCUCAACUACGCCAGCGUCAACUUCCACAAGUUCCCCAGCUGCCCCAAUGAAGCCACUGUCGCCAUCGCUAAAGAGGGCACUUCUCCUGGUGACUAUGCCACUGUCAACAUUGGUCAAAGCCCCGCCUACUCUACUGUCAAUCAUCCACAGAGCACCUCUUAGGCUCCUCCCAUCUACUAUACAGUCAGCAAACCCAGAGACGCCUGAGUCACUGACAACCAAUCACAAGGGACAUAUUCACAAUGGCAACAAAUCAUAAGUGACAUGUUAUUAUAAUAGUUAUAACUAUAUGUUCCACCGACAGCCUCUGUUUUUAGAAAACAGCUGCACGAUCAGGGCCUGACUUCACAAAAGCGAUAGAACUUAGGCUUACAAGUGUUUUAACGAUGCAUAGUUCCUACAACAGCCGAAGAUGUAACUUGCGUUUUCUAAAACACCACGCAGCGAGAACUUUCGCUAAGUGAUUCAUUGGACCAUGUGUCGAUAUUGAUAGGAUGGAAAGAAAAGCAGUGUCAGUUUCUACAUUCAAAUCUGGAAUUAGAAUUAGAAUUACUGCACAAUAUUGAUGACUGUUCAGCUCCUGAGUUACAGUUCAUAAAUAAAUAAAUAAAUAAAUAAAUAAAUUGAAAUAAAUUCAUUAGGCCCUAAUCUAUGGAUUUCACGUGACUGGGCAUAGGCCCACCCACUUUGGAGCCAGGCCCAGCCAAUCAGAAUGAGUUUUUCCACACAAACGGGCUUAUUACAGAGAUAAUACUCCUCAGUAAUAUUCACCCCCCCCCCCCCCCCCCCCCCGAAACAUGGGACCAACACUUUCCAUGUUGUGUUUAUAUUUUUGUUCAGUAUAUUACCACCCAUGGCUGCCUGAAAAUAUGGAGGCGGCUACCCAAAAUCGAUGCACUAAAUCAGCUUAAUUUAGCGUUUUCAAGUGCCACUUUAGUAAAGAUGCUUUUGGGAAACAGCUCAGAGAUUUAACAAUGCUUCUAUGAAGGUUCUAACGAUGAACUUAGUCUUAAGAUGCUUUUGGGAAACCGGGCCCUUCUUCAUGUCCUCA